UUGACAGUCCAGAUGAGUGUCUCCAAGCCUCCACCACCACCCUCCACUUCCCACCUGACCAUCCCUCCUUCCUCCACAUCCACCCCUUCCUCAUCCGCCACCUCCCCUUCGGCAACGCCCCACUCCACCGCCCCACCGCCCCCAUCCCCCGUCAAGAUCUCUAUGCAGGAGCAUUUUGCCAUUAAUGUGUGCCCCGGGCCCAUUCUCCCCAUCCCACAAAUUUCAGACUUUUUCCCACGUUUCCACGACUACCCCUGCACGCCACCGCCCCCUAGGGAGAAGAAGAUCUUGAAGGAGGAGACUUUCAAUGGGGAGACGGGCGGAGGAUACAAGGAUGGGGAGAGAAGAGGGGAGAACGAUGGAGACGGGGAGGAGGUGCUUGACUCUGAUGAUGAAGACACCUACCUGGGAACGCUGGAGUUCACCCUGCUCUUUGAUCAAGAGAACAACUGUCUUCAUUGCACCAUUCACAAGGCAAAGGGUCUGAAAGCCAUGGACUCCAAUGGGCUGGCCGAUCCGUACGUCAAGCUUCAUCUUCUUCCCGGGGCUAGCAAGGCCGAUGCCGUAGCACCUGGUUCUGAUGCUGAGGAGGAGGCAGAGGAACAGGCAAACAAGCUACGUACAAAAACCCUGAAGAACACUCUGAAUCCGGUGUGGAAUGAAACGCUGAUCUACCAUGGCAUCACGGGAGCCGACAUGACCACCAAAACGCUCAGCGCCGCUCUCCACCGACAGCCGGAUGAACCGGUCAUUACGUGGAGGAUGAAGAUCCAUAUCCCUAUCGCUCGCCAGCACGGAGCGCCGGGCUGCCGGGAUGAGGAUGAGGAAGAGGAAGAGGAGCUGGAGUGUGACCAAUGCCACGCCGCAGAUGAAGAGGCAGACAGGCUGUGUGUAUGUGACAUGGACAGACUUGGAAGAAAUGAAUUCAUCGGGGAGGUGAGAGUGGCUCUGAAGAAGCUGAGAGAGGGUGAGACCAAACGUUACAACAUGGGCCUGGAGAGAAUCGCUCAGAAUAAAGAAGCCAACAAUCAAAUGGUGGAGCAGGGAGCGCUUGUGGCGGAGGAGGAGCGUGGACGGAUCCUGGUGUCACUGUGCUAUAACACAGAGAAGGGCUGCCUGCUGGUCGGGAUCAUACGCUGUGCCCAUCUGGCAGCUAUGGACUCCAACGGAUACUCUGACCCCUUUGUCAAAAUCAUCUUACAGCCAGAUAUGGGGAAAAAGUCAAAGUACAAGACCACAGUGAAGAAAAAGACUCUCAAUCCCGAAUUCAAUGAGGAGUUUUCAUAUGAAGUAUCCUUGGACCAGCUGGCAAAGAAAACCCUGGAGAUCUCUGUGUGGGACUAUGACUUGGGAAUGAGCAACGACUUCAUAGGCGGAGUGGAGCUGGGCAUCAAUGCAAAUGGACAGAGACUCAAGCACUGGUUUGAGUGUCUCAAAAACAAAGGCAAGAAAGUCGAGUUCUGGCAUACGCUCACGCAACAAGGAGCUCCGAGCAGCGACAAGCCAGACUAGAUCAUGCAAGACACCCGGGCAGACACACUCAUGCGCACACACACUUUUGACACA